AGUGCAUUGUUAUUUACAAAAGGGAAGUGUGUGAGUGGCGGACGCAGUGCUACGUCAUAGCUGUGAGAGACUCCCAUUGGUGCAUAGUAUUAGUGCCACGCAAAUCCAGGACUCUUAUUGGGCACCUAGCCAUGACGUCGCCACUACAUAUUAAUGACGUCACGCACAGAGAAGCCUGCCAUUGGCCGGCGGACUAUAUAUUGAUUUGGCUGCGAGCAACCCGAACGAGGGCGAGUUGCCGCCGUGCCAUGGGUCUGGCAGUUACGUUGGCUGUCCUGAGAGGAACUCACCCUUUCAUUUACCUGACGAUGUGAUAGACAAUACACACUUUCUACUUUAAUGCAACCUUUGCAUUAUCUGACUGCGAGGCGGAGUGACAUGAAGUGUUAACGAUGUCCAAAGAUCCGGAUCUCACCCAGCACUUGCAGGCAGACUGUCUAAAAGAUCGAAAAUGGUGGUGCUUCUUGCUCUCGAGUAUCUUCACGUUCCUAGCAGGGAUCUUCAUAGUUCUGAUAUGGCGGGCCUUCUCCUUCCUCUGCUGCCGGAACAGGGAUCCCAGCGAAUAUCAAAAACAGCAGGAGAAGGACAAGCUCCUCGCGCAGCAGGGGCAGCCCCCCGGCCAGCCCAAGCCCAAGAACCUGAUGGAGGGAAACUUCGUCACGGAGGCCAAGGACUGGGCGGGGGAACUCAUCUCGGGCCAGACCACGACGGGCAGAAUCCUGGUGAGUGUGAUGAUCAGCGUCUCCAGGUAACCUCCAACGCUCUCCUGAUCUUCUCUCACACACACCUACAUCACACUUACACUUUCAUAUCCUCGUAUCUUAUAUUUCCUCACCUAUAUUCACCCACAC